CCCGACACACUAUAAUACUACAUCGCAACUGUGACGUCAGCUCUCCAGAACGCAGUGAAUAGAUUUGGUGGGCGGAGCCAAAAAGCAGAAGUUGAGUCAUACCUUUUGUUGAUGCAGUCUGAAUGUACAGGAAGUGUCGCUGGAACACAGCACAGAAGGCAGGACAUACACAUCUCGCUACCUUUUAAUAACUUGAUUUUCAGAGGAAAUGCUUCCACUCCGACGGCGCUGCAGUUAGCUACGGAAAAAUUCGGUCUAUGAAGCCUGAAAUUUUGAGUGCAUGUGUUCAGACUCCAUUGGCAACGCCAUUUACACCCGGGCUUGAUUCUCACUAUAGCGUCGUUUUUUGCCCCACCAGAUAGGCCGGAGUUCCUAUAGCGAUGCAUUACCUAGUCGGCAAGAUGUUGGGAAAGGGGGCAUUUGGAGAAGUCUUCAUGGCCCAAGACGACAGGGGACGCACCGUUGCGCUGAAGAAACUAACACUCCAAGACGAUAGAAAUGUAAGAGCCGCAAAUAGAGAACUAGAGCCAUUAUUGAGAUUGGGACAAAGACCGCAUGAACAUAUCCUUCCAUUAUUUGACUACAUUUAUGAGAACAAUUAUUUGUACCUAGUGCUUGAGUAUUGCCAUCAGGGGACUCUGAAUGACCUGUUGCUCAGGCAAAGCUGGAAUGAGACGAUAGAGUUGCGUUUAAUGGCAGACGUAGCGGACGGGGUAAGCUUCCUACAUGCCAAUUCUAUUGUACAUAGAGAUCUAACAGAUAACAUUCUUCUAGCUGGCAGUCCUGAAGCCCCCGUGGUCAAAGUGGGUGACUUCGGGCUGGCUAAACUCUGUAGGCAGGGGCAGGAAAGUGGUAUUCUUUCUGAUGAUAGCAACUAUUACAUGUACACGGGCUGUGGCACUAAAUUCUUUAUGGCCCCUGAGAUCUUGCUUGGCCAACAUUACACGUGCAAGUGUGAUGUAUUCUCCAUGGGAGUGAUUUUCAUAGCUAUGGUUGAGCGGACAACGAUACAAACAGCAUCUAAACCUAGGUUUGCUGCUUUCGUGCGCAGUGAAAGCGUCACUGUUCCUAUUGGCAAUGCGCAAAACCAAAUAUACAAUUUUUCUUUAAGACAAAACUUUCUUCGAGGACUAGCAGAGCAGCCCUUUAAGAAUUUGUGUUUGUCUAUGCUGAACAAAUGUCAUCAUGACAGACCUUCUGCGCGGCGUGUUCUCCGUGAAAUCAGCCAUGUGAGGCAUCUAAUACCACAGAACUGUACCCAGUACAGUCCGAUAUCGAGCUGUACCCAGAGCAGUCAGGUAACUUACCAGCCUCAGAACACUCAAGUAUCUUACAGGCCCCAGCCAAGUCAAAACACUAACAACAUACAGCAUAGUCCAGUACCGGUACCCGACAUGUCCCAGAACAAUUCUGCCAGUUACAGGCCCCCUAAUAGGCCCCAGUCGACCUGUCAGGCAAGUCGUAAUCCAGUUAUACUGCUAGGUUCUAUAUUUGUUGGUGCCGUGGUUGGUUUUCGUUGUGGGGGGGCAUGGGGCGCAAUUGGUGGGGCCAUAGUGGGAUUGGGCGUUGGAAUAUUUUUAAGUUAGACUCACCAAUGUGUGUGUGUGUGUGUUUUUUUUGGGGGGGGGGGGCUAAUUUGUUCUCUAACAUUCGACAAACAACCCAGUCCCAUAGAAUUUCCAAAUUGAAAAUUCCAGACAUUCAUAUAAUCAAGCUUGAUUAACCCAUUAAUAAUACAUUUUAUGAAGACGUUUUAUUGUUUUUCUCUGUGUUCACAUAUAAUUGUUGGUUCGUAUGUAAGCAAAUGGUAUGUUUUGAAGCCUUUCCCAACAUUUUGUUUAGGGGAAAGCCCAAGUAGCGUUGGAGAAAACGUCAAGACUGCUAAGUUUAAACUUGUUCAGCAGUGCUUUGUUGAGAAGCUUAGCUCAUUCUGAGCUGCGUCAUGAUCUGAUCCCAGGAAACCCAGACAUCGGGGCUAUGCUUGCAUAGGGGUGACGAUCACGUGCGCCGAGCGAAUAAAGAACUGCCAACCGUUAGCCGAUUAUGGACAGUCUUUUGUUUGCGUGUAAGUUACGGAAGGGGGGGCUGGAAUCCAGGCAGUGUCAGGUUGAAAUAUGAUACUAUAUGAAUGAAUUAUGCAUAUUAGCCCUUGUUGUUAUGUCAACUAUGAUGUUAAGCUUUAUCCUAUACCUCUAUUUUGUUCUUUAUGUAAUAGUUGGUGCCAUACUUUGUACCAUGUACAAUUGUCGUGCAAUAAAGUUCUUCAAUAUUAGCUUAGCGGAAUUCGAACAGGACUAUUUUCUAUAAAUAUUGUUUGUCUGUUUUUUUAUUGUUACGUACAAACAAUUAUCAUAAGAUAGGGAGCGAGCGAGCGAUAAAUGUUGUUUACAGCAAUUUGUCUACCUGCAAUUACUGAAUUACAAAAAUUACGAAAUAUACAGCACAAAAAUUGUCUCUGCAGAUUUACAUACCAGGACAUUCAUUGCCAACCCAAAUUAUAAAUGUUCAAGUGGCAGUUAUAUUUCUUGUGGCAUGAGAAGCUUAUAAUUAGAGCUUGAUUUUGUAGUGGAUGAGGAUUCCUUUCGUACUUCAAAUAGAAAGAAGUGACUAUUUCAGUAUUUGACUUUCAGUCAGUGCAAAUUGACCCGUACACCUCAGGUCGUAGCUCAAAUGUUCAUGAUUUUCCCUGUCUCUCUCUCUCACCUAAAUUUACUGGGUGUCGUCUGUAAAGUGAUGAUCACAAUGAUUUGAAUUUUGAUAGACAUUAAUAAAAUGCAUGGGACAUUAUGAUCAUGACCAAACAUUUUAGUUAUUUACUUUAUUUAUGGGUAAAGGCGCGAACUUUUUUGUUGUGUGCGAUGCUAUGAAUAUGUAUUUGAGAUGUAUGAUUAUAUUUUAUCUAGUACACUUCAGAUGAACACUACCGAGAGUAGUCAGCUUUGAUCUGAUUGACUGUGUUACGUCAUUACGAACACGCAUUGUUAUCAUUUUACGGUGAGUGUUCUAAACAGGAUUCACUAUGUAUAAUCUCGUAUACAAAUAAAGAUCGUUACGCACUGAAACAAGCUUGAUUUAUGUAUGCAGACUGGAAACUUCGUGAUUAUUUUAUCUGGAUGUUUCUUGUACUCUCAAGCAG